GCGCCCCGCCCCCGCCCAGCCCAGCUCCCCAACCGACCGCGCGCUCCGCGCCCCGCACCGCGCCGGGCUCCGCACACGGAAAGAGCGUCUUCUCCCUUCUCCGUACCAGGGAAGUCCCACCCACCUGAAGCCAAGAUGUCCAGUAAACGAGCCAAGGCCAAGACCACCAAGAAGCGGCCGCAGCGGGCCACAUCCAAUGUCUUCGCCAUGUUUGACCAGUCCCAGAUCCAGGAGUUUAAGGAGGCUUUCAACAUGAUUGACCAGAACCGAGACGGCUUCAUCGACAAGGAGGAUUUGCAUGACAUGCUGGCCUCACUGGGAAAGAACCCCACCGAUGAGUACCUGGAGGGUAUGAUGAGUGAGGCCCCGGGGCCCAUCAACUUCACCAUGUUCCUGACCAUGUUUGGGGAGAAGCUGAAUGGCACGGACCCCGAGGACGUGAUCCGCAAUGCUUUCGCCUGCUUUGAUGAGGAGGCCUCAGGUUUCAUCCACGAGGACCACCUCCGGGAGCUGCUCACCACCAUGGGCGACCGUUUCACAGAUGAGGAAGUGGACGAGAUGUACCGCGAGGCGCCCAUUGAUAAGAAAGGCAACUUCAACUACGUGGAGUUUACCCGCAUCCUCAAACAUGGAGCCAAGGACAAAGACGACUAGGCCCCCAUCCCCACCCCCCCACGCCCAAGCCCCUGUCCCCGUCACCUACUCCCCACACACAGCUCCGUGCCCAUAGGACCCUCUCAGGGGACCCUCUCUCUGAGAGGUUAGGGGCCCAGCUCCCAGUAGAGGAAACGGGCCAACGUGAGGCGGGUGUGCCCACUGUGACCCUCCUAAGAAAGGAUCUAGGGAGCUGGGCCUGGAGGCACCAAGGUAAGUCCCCACAAGAGCGCCCAGGCCUCUGCUGUAGCCUGCCCAUUCCAGGGCUGUCACAGGAAGGGCCCCAUGUCCUGCUCUGGGACACCACUUCACAUCCACCCCGUGCAGGGCAUGAAAGCCCUUUCCCAGCCACUGCCACAAACACACGAACCUCACCACGAUCCCUUCUCGGAGGCAGGAUGCCAGAGCCUUCCCCUCCACCCUGAACACCCCCCAUCCCACGGGUGUGUGCUCCAGAAGAUGAUGUAGGGUGCAGCCUGUGCCAAGAGAGGCAGAGUCUCUAAUAGAAGGCUGAGCACUG